GCCCGGCAGCGAGAACGCGAGGAGAAGAAGCAGAAGGCCGAGCAGGGGCUACCGGCGAGGCCGGGGGUGGGCCCGCGCCAGGGCGGCGCGCCGGGGGCGCGGCCGCCAGAGCAGGGCGUCCCGCCGCCGCCGAGUUUCCAGGACAGGCCCGGGGGCCAUCGGUUGCGGCGCGACGGCGGGGAGCUGCUCUUCAUGAGCGGCGUGGCGCAGCGGCAGGGCGGGCACAGGACCGAGAGCGCGAGGAUCCGCAUCCAGUGUCCACACUGCCGUGCUGUCAACGAGGUCACGGCCGCGGCUGGUUACAGGGUCAUAUGUGGCCAGUGCCGGGGAGCCUUCGCCGUGCCGCACUUCCAGGGUGCGCCUGGCAGGCGGCCGUGA